AAUGGAGUUGGGGUAUAUUUUCCAUGACUGGCAUACUCUUGGAUAUUUUCUUUUUCUUGCUGUGUUCUGUAACCAUUUUUGGUAUUUUCCCAUUGCCACUUGCGCUUACAUAUUGCUAGACUUGUGUUCACAAGAAAUAAUCAAAAUAUCAUUGUUGUUGCAUCCAAACCUGAAAUUUGGUGAGCAGAUAAAGUGUCUUGGAAAAGAUCGGCAGACUGCUUAACCCUUUGUGUACUUUAAAAUUAAAGUUAACUAGCAAACACUUGCAGAAUAUCUUCCAGUCCUUUUUGCUUCCUCAGUAUGAAAACUGUUAUGUAAUGUCUUCUGAUGUGCAAAUGCAGUGUUUACAUUAUUUGACUCGAAGAAGUUCUCAAAAAGUAUGCCUCCUUGCAUAUGCAGACACAUAACAAUGGUCACCCUUUCAUGGUCUUCACACCUUGUCAUAUCAAUGCCUAUUUGUUUUUUUUGUCUUGCACUCAUAUCUCAAUUGAUACAGCAAUCAUUAUAUCACUUAUGUCUUUCAGGGACUUUCCCAACACAUUCUAAGAUACCAUUCAGUGAUGAUGACUUUGCUGCCUACAUAGAGAGUAAAGCGGCCGCAGCUGCAGCCAAAGCAACCAACACCAAAAAUCAGCACACUAAAACUGGUCAUAUUGAAACAGGUCAUACUGGGACAAUUGAAACAGUUUAUACUGGGACAAUUGAAACUGCAUUUGAGUGUGGUGUUUGUACCACUUAUUUUAGGAGCAAUGAUACAUUGGUAGACCAUAUGAAGAUACACAAAAAACAUUUAACAGCACCACUCAUUAAGUCCUACAAAAGCACAGAGAAAGUGUUGAACACCAAACCUGAUGAUGAAGAAUGUUUAAUCAUGAAAGAGCAUAAAAGAGAUGACAGUGAAAAUAGUUUAGAUAUAAAGAUAGUGUCCUGUAAGUCUAUGGCUGAGGUUGACAGAUGUGACACCCCAUUAGGUUGUUUAGAAAACAGUGAUAGUGAAACAAGCAAUGUUUUAAACGGAAUUGAUCAUCAAGCCAAGGACAAAUAUAAAAAUGAUGAAGUGACAAUUACUGCAAGAAAAGAAUUUAAAUGUGAGAUUUGUUAUAAGUGUUUUACAGCAAAACAAAGUCUGAAAUAUCAUAUGUUCCACAUACACAAAAUUUCUGAACAACAUAAUAGUGGGAGUGAAUUUAGCAGUGAAUGUGAAUCUGACACAAAAAUGAAGCCAUAUGAAUGUAAGAUUUGUCACAAAAGGUUUAAAUACAAAAAUGUGCUGCCACUUCACAUGAAAACACGUCAUAAUACACUCACAAAUAAAUCAGAUAAAAAAGGUGCAAAUGCAAAAUAUUCGCAAAGUGAGAUCAACGAGCACAACAAAAGUCAGGUCAGUGAAAAUUUCAGUCUUACUUUGAGUAACUGUGAUGUCCCUGUAAGUGUUAAAAACACAGGUAAUCCUUCAAAUAUCAAAACUAGCAAGAAAAACAUCCAGAAAACCCCAAUUGGACUCAAUACAACAUGUGAAGUCUGCAAGAAGACAUUAAGUAGCAAACAGUCACUAAAAUAUCACAUGCGAGUCCAUACAGGUGAAAAACCUUAUGAGUGUAGUGUUUGUUUACAUAGGUUUGCAUACAAGCAUAUUCUUAUUAAUCAUUUAAGAAUUCAUACAGGUGAAAAACCUUAUGAAUGUACUGUUUGUUCAAGUAAGUUUGCUCGUAAGAAGUCUUUAAUUGCACAUUCACUUAAAUGUGAUAUUGUUAAACAUAAAGGUGAUAAAUCCCCGAAGAACUAUUUGAGAGAACCUGACAAUUCAGCAUGUCAAAUAGCAACAGGUGAAAAUGCUAUAACAUUUGAACCCAAAAGUGAAAGAAGCCAAGAACUUUAUUGUGAUCGAUGUCAUGAAGAAUUCCAAUCUUCUGAUAUGCUUUUAAAACACAUAUCAAUGCAGCACUCAGAACAUAACAUAAAGUCACAAUCUCACAAACACAAUCUUCAUCAUUUUGAGCCUUUGUUUCUGAAUAAAAUACCUGAAACUGCUAGAACUUCCAAAAACAGAAGAAAAAGAAAACCAGUAUCUCACACGUGCGAAAUAUGUAAAAAAGUGUGCUCGACAAAAUUGUCAUUUACUUAUCAUAUGAGAAGACAUACAGGUGAAAAACCAUUCACUUGUAAUAUUUGCCAGAAACAUUUCUACACUAAACAAAACAUGAGAUAUCACAUGGAUUUCAAUCAUGGACCCAGCUCUGUAAAUAUGAGCAACUCAAAUAAACAUACAUCAUACAAAUGUGACGUAUGUGGUAAAUAUUUGAGCUCUUCUACUUCACUCAAAAUUCACUAUAGACGCCAUACUGGUGAGAAACCAUUUAAAUGUAGCAUUUGCGCCUAUAGUAGCAUUACAAAAACUCUUUUGGACAAUCACUUACAAACUCAUAAUAGAGAAGGUAAGAGGUUUCCAUGUGAAGUUUGCAGCAAAUUGUUCUACACUAAGGAAAAUAUGCAAUCACAUUUGGUGAUUCACUCUGGAGAGAAACCUUACAGUUGUACAAUUUGUCAUAUGAAGUUUGCUCAUAAGAGCAGUGUGUGGUAUCAUAGAAGAAAGCAUCACCCUUAUGAAUAAGCUGAAUUAUCAUCAUCAUUCACUAUGGUUUUGUUAUUAUGGCACCACUAUAAGAAUGGUCUUAAUAUGUUGAAAAAGUGGAAAGUUAAUAUAAUCAGGACAUUUACAUUUUGAGAUUUUGGAAAGUGAGUUUUUACUUUUAUAUUGAUGUAUGAUUUUGAUGGAUUUAAUGAAUUAUGCAUAGUAAUGGCAUUUUAAUAUAUUUAAGUUGCACUUGCAUAUAAAAGACAUUCUAAUACGAGCUCGUAUGAUAUGUGACAUCACAAUAACUAGAACUAGAACAAUUGAUUUGUUGCUCUAUAUUGGAGUAUGUUUGACCGCUAAAAUUCAUGAAUGUAAAUAGUUGUGUUUCUUGUCUGUUUAUUAUCAUAUUAGAAUCGUAACAAUGACCUCAAGUUUAUGAUGUAUGUCAAAUUUUAUUCUGGCAAUUGCCAAAGACAAUGAACAGAAUAAAAUUUUCGGUCAUAUAUUACGCCAUAAAUCAUAAAAUCUGUCUUUGUUUCUUAAAUAUAUUAGACAAAAAGCAUAUUUUCUAAAGAGCAAUUAUGAAAAAUGAAGUUGAUGACCUAUGAUUUUUAUCACACUUUAAAAAAGUGCUUUAUUGUCGACAUCUUGAGCUGAUGUACGUGCGGAUGGAUGAGUGCGUUUGCCUCACUUAAAUCAAUAACUGGUUACCUGUUCAACUUGAUGCAAGGGCAGACUAGUAUCAAGAUCUAAUAACAUUUAGGGCAUGCUGUGUAAAUUACUUAGUGGCCAUUUUUAAUUUCUUCAUAGAUCUUGUCAUAAAAAUUCCAAGAAAGCAACUCAUCCAUCCAAAUUGAAUUUUUUACACAUGUAAGAGCAAACUCUGAGUGUCAAGAUAAGAUUAGGUACAGGGCAUGCUCGGUAAAUUGCUUGGUGGCCAUUUUGAAUUUUUCCAUGAAUCUUGUCCAAAUUCCAGAGAAACCAUUUACAAACAUACGUAUAUUGCAAGAGAGCAUAACAGUGUAUGAUCAAUAUUUUCUUAUUUUUGAGAACAAGGACAUAUUGCUUUGAUUUUAGCAAUACACAUGUACAAUCAAAUAUAGCAAGAGCACCUAACUGUUUCUACACAUGUGGUCUUAGUUUUAGUUUUAGUAAAAAUGUAAUCUCAAUUUUGUUAACAAGGGCAAUGCCUUAAUUUAUAGAAUCUACAAUCACAUAUAUUGCAAGAUUGCCUGACUGCAAUCUAGUUUUGGAAACAAACUUUAACAACACAUGCAAUCCCAGUUUUGUAAACAAGGGCAUCCACUUUAUUUAAUGAAAGAAUACAAUCAUAUAUUGCAAGAGUAUCUGUGUAUAUAUCAAUAUUUAAUCUUAUUUUUGAAAUCUUACAUGUUGCCUUGAUUUUAAAAGAAAUAUACAAUCAUAUAUUGUCAGAGUACCUAAGGGGCUGGGUCAAUAUUUCAAUGUCCCUCAAAAAACGUAAUAAAUAACUUUAGGGAGGGGGUAAAGCCCCAUUUAAUUGGGUGACGGACAUUGUUUUUUAGUUUCCCAGAUAUUAAUCUUCUGCAAUGGUAUAAUCGUUAAAUAUGCAACAGCUAGAGAAUUUGAUGUGUUGUUUAAAGCAGAAGUAGAUAUUGUAUGCUGGGCUUGUACUUGUAUGCUGUAUGCAAAUCAACAUUUUGACUUGUUUAUACUGUGGGUGAAUCAAUUUGACUUUCGUUAGGAGGAGGAUGGGGGGGGGGGAGGUUAAAGACCUAAUUAAAUAAAUUAUGUUUUUGAUGGACAUUGAAACAUUGACCAAGCCCCUAACUGUGUAUAAUAAUAUUUAAUCUUGUUUUUGAAAACAACGACACUUUGCAUCGAUUUUAGCAAUACAAUACAAUCAAAUAUAGCAGGAGUACUUAACUGUAUCUACACAUGUGAUCUUAGCUUUAGCGAAACAUGUAAUCGCAGUGUUGUAAACAAGAGCAGUGCCUUAGUUUAAGGGAUCUACAAUCACAUAUAUUGCAAGAUUGCCAAACUGUAAUCUUAGUUUUGGAAACAAGCUUCAAUAACAAAUGCAAUCCGAAUUUGUAAACAAUAUACAAUAAUAUAUUGGAUGAGAGCCUUACUGUACAUAUAUCAAUAUUUAAUCUUGUUUUUGAAAACAAGGACAUGUUGCCUUGAUUUUAGCAAUACACAUGUAUAAAUACACACAUAUAAUCUAAGUUUUAGCAAAACAUAUGUUGUUUUAUAUCCAAAGGCAUUGCCUUGAUUUAUAAAAUAAUCUACAAUCAUAUUGAAAGAGUGCCUAACUGUACAAAUGUAUAUCAAUGUUUUAAUCUUGUUUUAGAAAACAAGUAUGUGUUGGCUUGAUUUAGAAAGCAAUAUACUAAACAAAUACUGGAUGACCAUGAGGUGAAUAUGCCAGAAUACCUAUCCGAGGAAAAAAUACUAGGCGAGGCGAAGCCGAGCCUAGUAUUUCUUUUCGAGAGAAUGAAUGGGUCUACUUAAACAGAAGCCGAGUCUAUACUCUAAAAACCCUGGUGACAAUCAAAAAUUCCAUUUAUUCUCUCAUUUGGCCUUAUAUUUUAAGUAUUCCCUCCAUAUAUAAUAAGUUUGGCCGAUGCCUUAUCUAGCGCCACCUACCUUUUGUCAGUUAAUCACAGGAAAUUGAACAAAAAUCUCAUUCUCUCAUAUCACGCAAAUCAUUUCUCCCUCGCAUUCAUCUCAAAUUCAACAUGGAGGAGAUUCUAAGAAAAUGACGUCAUCGACAAAUAGACUCGCCGAAAGUAUUUUUUUCGAGGAUAGGUAUUCUGGCAUACGGGAUGGUUGGAGAUCUCGUUGCUUCAAUACUGGAUAGAACGAGAUCUUGCUGCCACGUAUGGCAAUAGACCCUGCAGCUCUUAACCAAUUAGAUUUGAAUAUUUUAAUGAGGUGCAUAAUAAAACCAUAUAUUGUCAAGAUACCUAACUGUGUCUACACAUAUAAUAAAACACAUUUUAACAACUAAUGUCAUUUCUGUUUUGAGAGGUUGUCUUAAUUUAUAAGGCAAUAUACAAUUAUCACCCUCAUUUAUGAAGAUUAUAAUAUACAAGGGUAUCUUCAUUUAUAAAGCAAUGUACAAUCAUGUAUUAUAACAAUGUAUGAAGUAAAUUAUUUUACAAAACUGUAGUUGAAAAAUAAAGUAUUAUGCUCAGCAGACAAUGUAUAAGAUAUUACCUAUUGUUUUAAAAGGAAAAUAAAAAUUACUUCAGUUUAGAAUAUUAUAUUACUUUGUUUUGUUGUUAUGUUCUCCUUUUUUGUAACUACAUUUGUCACAUGCUGUCAGGCAUUUGGCAUCUAUAAAAAAUGGUGGUUGGUGACAUUUUGUUUGUUAAAUACCAUGUUUGUGGUUACAAAGGGAAUAAAAAGUCUAUAUUGGUGUACUGCUUACAGACUUGUAUUGCUUUAAGACAAGAAUAUACCAUUCACAUCUAUAAUGAAUUAUAGAGGAUUAAGGAUACAUCUGUGUAGAAUGCCAUGUAAUCUUGAUCCAGUUUCUAAAAACAUCAUUGUAAAAAUGAUUCAAUUUUUCAAAAGCUUUAGAAACUCGACAAGCAGUAGUAUUGAGUCAUUAAUCUGGCUCUAUAGCUUAGGACCUUACCUCAACAUAUUUUCAAUAUGUCAUGAUUUCUUCAAAGAUGAUCUUGUUUUCUCAUCUUUAUUGCAUCAAGAGAUUUGUAAUUUUUUCAAAGGUAGAAUGAUGAUCAAAAUUAGGUUGAAACUAAUCGGCAAAAUGGAUUUAUUAAAAUAACAUGGUAUUUGCUGUUUUCAUUUUUAUCACAUUUAUGACUGUCUACAAUACUUUCCCAUAUAAUGUCUGGUCUUUUA